AUGACCCUGAAUUUUCACAACACAAAUUUAAUAUAUAAACUUCAAGUGAUAGUUAUUUAGAUUGCGGUGAAAAAUAAAAGAUGGCGGCAAAACAAAGGUCGUCCGUCGUGAUCAUGCUCUACUUGGUGCUGUGCGGCGGCGCAUCAGGGCGGCGGGCCACCACCACGCGGGACUGCAUGCGGCAAAUGAGCGAGCCGAAGCUGGUGGCGCAGGACGCCAUCGCGAUGGGCAUCGACGAAGUCAAGUCGGUCAAGGGUUUCGUCGGCCGGCUGGUGAGCCUCAAGAGCCUCCAGUUCCGGGAGAACGCGGCUGAGCUCCACACCUGCGCGGAGGGCGUGGCCGGCCACCUGAACGACCUCAACGGCAGCCUCAGCCGCCUGCGCAGGUCGCCGUCGAUGACCGUGGCGUACUCCCGGCCGCUGAAGUUCGCGCUCAGCAGAGCCGUCGCUUCCGCCGACGACUGCCGCACCGCCAUCGGCCACGUGGACGCGGCUUUCGCGGACAUGCUGAUGAGGAAGCUGAAUGACCUGGCGUUGAUCCUUGACGACGUCGAACACCGUGUCUCCAAGUUGAAUGCCGCCAUACAUAAUUGAAGAUAUAAUAAUAUGUCCCCUCAAAAAAAGGGUUUCUAUGUCUCAUUGUUGAGGUUACACUUACGGGUCGUAUGCUACGUACCUUUGUACAAUUAAUAAAAUAAAACAAAUGAAAUAAUCAAGGUCUCUUCGGUCCACAAAUAAAUACUUCUUUCAUCAAAUCUCUCUCCUUCAUCUCAUAAAUUUCUUUUCCUUUC